AUGCUAGCAGUAGCCAACCCCAGGCUGCACAAAAUCGCAUCCAAUAGUGAAGAAGUGCUAGAAGCCUUCAAUCCUGAAGAUCAUGCCAAGGGACUACAGGACCUCAAUUUUGACAAUGAUACCCCUCAUAUCCAACACAACCUUGUGUUUGCUCUACCUGUAAUGAUCCAAGGGAGGCUUUUUCUGUGCAUGCUAUCCCAAAGCACCAAAGACUGGGACGUGCCACUUUUGCCACAACAGAAGCAAGACUGGGAGAAGGACGUCCAUGGUGGCAUCACUGUGAAUGACUUUCCUGGGAAAUGGAGCUCCAUACCUGAAACCCGAAAUUUCCUUGAUGAGAAAAAGACCAAAGUCGGAACUGAGAGAGACGAGUGGGAGAAGCAAACAAUUUACACCAUGGAGGAUGUGGCCCACUUCAUCAAGGCCUUCAAUAUCGCCUCUGGCCUAGAUUCUGGGCAGGAAGACGCUACAGAGGUUGACGUUGGUUUCCUUUCUUCCUCCCUUCAGGAAAAUGGACCAAAGUCGGAGAGGGGAAAAUGGCCAAAAGCGGGAUCUGCCAGGGACGAAAGAAGAAAAAGGACCAUCUAUACAAGGGAGCAAGUGGACCGCCUCACCGAAGCUUUCGAGGUGCACCCGUAUCCCGGCUACGAAGCCCUCGAGCGCCUAGCCCGUGAGAUUGGCAUCCCGGAGGCGCGGAUCCACAUAACUAAGGAUGACCUCCCCCUCGCGCACGAGACUCAGCAGCUGGCGGGGGAUCCGUUUUAUGCCUCCCAGCCCUACUCAUCUCCCGAUCCAGCCUUGGGUCUCCACGGCUCCUCGGAGCUGGAAGGAGGUUUGGACUGCUUGGCGCAGGGGUCGACUGCCGAUGGCGAGAUGCCCCAGCCUGGUUUUUAUGGGAACGAAGCCAACGAGGCCAAGUUGAAAACCUUCCUGUAUUUUAAAGGAAUUUGUUGGGGAGGUGGAUUGCGGGAGAAAACCAAAAUGUUAAUCAAGAAUCUUACUAACAGACAAAUUGAAAAAUUAGAGGAGAAACUAGGGAUUUUGAGGACAAAAAAAAGAUCCGCUCCUACAACCCAUAUCAGCAACAGCAGACUUCCCAAGAUCCACAUUUGGGCUCUGAAAUGGAAAGAAGGCCUCACCCAGAAGGCAGCCGAAACUUUUUUGAGACAGCAACAGGCUGCUCCGAAUCUCCGCAAACUCAUUUAUGGGCCAGUGACCGAGGAGGAGGAGGAGGAGGAGGAGGAAGGAAAACGAGAUGUGGAACUUGGUGGUUUGUUUCGCGUCAGCCGUCCCGACAAAGAAUCAAAACGAAAGAUUGAUGCUCUGGAUUGCUCCAAAUUUCCCAUGGAAACCCCGCAGGACUGGGACUCGGACGAGGCAGCGAACGAAGAGGAAGAGGGCAACGAGGAAAAGAAUCCCAAAGCGGCUGCGGAGGAAGAGGAGCAAAAGAAACGCAUCGCGAAGAAACGUAAACUGAAAGAGAUGUUCGAUGCAGAUUAUGACGGGAACGCCACCUAUUUUGACGAUCUGAAAGAGGAGCUGCAGAAUCAGGCUCAGCUUAACAGGCUGGAGUUUGAAGAUCAAGAUGAUGAAACCCGAAUUCAGUACGAGGGAUUUCGACCCGGCAUGUAUAUCCGGAUAGAACUGGAGAACGUUCCAUGUGAACUGGUGCUGCAUUUUGAUCCGUGUUAUCCAAUUGUCCUGGGCGGCCUCGGAAACACGGAAGGAAAUGUGGGCUAUGUGCAGGACCCAUCACUCCACAAGGGACCGGGUGUUUGGCAGUCCAAUCUGUGAGUGGUACAACGCCUGAUUUUCGGAUAGCUGCGACCGGAGUUGUGCUGGACCUGGAUAAGUCUAUAAGGAUUGUGAAGAAAUUAAAGUUGAUCGGUUUCCCUUUCAAAAUUUUCAAGAAUACAGCUUUCAUUAAGGGGAUGUUUAACUCGAUGCUGGAAGUGGCUAGGUUUGAGGGGGCAGCCAUCCGUACGGUGAGCGGCAUCCGAGGACAGAUUAAGAAAGCCCUCAGGACCCCAGAGGGAGCCUUCCGAGCAACUUUUGAAGACAAGUUGCUGAUGAGUGGUAAGUUGGCUUUUCCAGUUUUCCACAUCUGAAACUGACUAAUCGGAAUCAGGAGGAAAAUCAGUUCUGGGGCUUGGAACGCAUCUGUGAUGGAGGAAUUGGGAAGACGGAGAGCAGCUGUGACGAGGCAUCCUUCACCAAUCUGAGAAUACAAGAACUGCGAAGCCGUGGUUUAGUUCAGACAAUUUUAUGUCUAGAUCUCCAAACAGGGAGCUGAAUUAGUUUUCAGCUAGAGGGAGGGAGAGAAAGGAAGGAAAGA